UACCUCGCAGCCGGGCUGCGCAGUGCCAGCGCCCGCGGGGCCGGGAUGAGCCUGACCUCGGCGCCCGGCGCCCGUCGGCUCAGCCGGGCGGCGCCCCACGCGGGCCCGCGAACGGAAUCUCCUGUCGUGGAGCUGAACGUUGGGGGUGAGUUCUAUACCACUACCUUGGCCACCUUGAGAAAAUUACCAGGCUCGAAGCUGGCAGAGAUGUUCUCCAGCUCAGCCAAGGCGUGCACGGAUGCAGAGGGACGCUUCUUCGUCGAUCGCUGUGGCACCUAUUUUGGACCCAUCCUAGAAUACCUGCGCAGUGGGCAGCCGCCCAUGCAGCACAUCCCCGAGGUGUACCGUGAGGCUCAGUACUACGAAAUCAAGCCUUUGAUCAAACUCCUGGAGGACAUGCCACAGAUCUUUGGUGAGCAGGUGGCUCGGAAGCAGUUCUUGCUCCGGGUGCCAGGCUACAGCGAGAACCUGGAGCUCAUGGUGCGCCUGGCGCGUGCGGAGGCCGUGGCUGCGCGCUACUCCGAAGUGCUGGUGUGCGUCGUGCGCAACGAAAAGGAUGAUGCGAACUGCGCAGACACCCUGCGCCUCCUGGAGGCGAACAAGAGGUCGGUGGUCAAGUUUGGGCCUUGGAAGGCAUCCCCGACCAUCGACGAUCUACUGGACUGCGUCAAGAUGGACAUUCAGGCACAAGGGUACCAGGUACACUGUUCACCCAACAGUACACUGCCGGCUAAGGUCUCCGGUUACUUCCAUACAUUCUGCUUCAGCUGGUGGUGAUCCUUGGGGACAGAGGCUGUUAUGGGCUCCAGUUGCCUUCGAAAGCCAUCAUCCUUUAAUUUCACAAACAUCAAAAACUUCCAAUGUGGUCUACUUGAGUCUUACUUCCAAAUAUUUAAUUUCCUCUUGAGGAUUUUCCAUUCUUUGCAAGUGACUCCACUGUACUUGCCUAGUGAGGUGAAGCUGCUCCCUCUUUAAAGCUGUCCAUACCUCUCAGACCUUUCCCUUGAAGUCCAGUAGCAAGGCGGAGAUGAACUGGAACGAUUUAACAAUGCUUUGGCUGGAAAUGCGGGAUGACAAUGGGAAAAUAAUACGAUGCCAUGAGUCUAGACAGUCAGACCUAAAAAUGUAACCUAUCCAGCCUCAGCUUGUGAUCCAAUCUUCCAGCCCUGGUGUGUGCCUUCAUGAGGAAGAUGCCAAGUUAGUAGCGGUAGUAUAUGCCACUCAGAUCUUUCCCAGAUGCUGUGUUGGCAGCUAGAGCCUUACAGCUGUCCUCUUACCUAGAGCAGUGGUUCUCAGAGUGUGGUCCCUAUACCAGCAGAAUCAGCAACACCCGGGAACUGUUAGAAAUACAAAUUCUCUAGGCCCCCUACCUCAGGCUUACUGAAACAGAAACUCUGGGAGUUAGCCCAGUGGUCUGUUUUAACAAGCCUUCCAAGUAAUUCUGAGGCAUUCUUAAUUUUGAGGCCUGCUCAAGAAAAGAAUUGCCAUCUUGCUUGUGUAGAGGUACAGAAGAUGGAUCCCUUACCUCAGGGAGGAACCAACUCUGGUGCAGUUUCUGUUCUAGAGCUCCUCAGGAGAUCAGGCUGAAGUCAGUCUUCAUCUGCCACCACAUUCUGGCUUAGCAGUCUUCCUCUGUUCUAUCCUGCUUCCCUCACUCCCCUCCACCUGAGAGCACAUCCUCAAUAAACCACUUGCACAAGAGAUUCUCAGGUUCUGCUUCUCAACCAGAGACAUUAAGUAACUCUUAACAGGACACAUGUAGCCACUCAUCCUUCUCCAAGUCCAGGUCUGGGAUAGAUGGCCACCUUCCCCACCUAGUAGGAUGACCGGCUAUCCUGGUUCCCUAGGAAUGAAGGUCAAGUUUAACUAUCAAGCUUUAAGAAAUUAAUACUGAAUCAGGGAAUUUCAAAUUCAAACAUAAAAUUGCUCAGAACAUAGUCAUUUUCAGUAAGCGUUUUAAUUUGGUAACUGCAUCUGCUUGUAUAUUUUUUCAUAUUUUCAAACGUGUUCUGUUUUCCUUUUUUGGUAUUUAACAUGGCUGAUGAUUUAAAGUGGAAAAAUCCUGAAUGUCUGUUUGAACUUUAUAACAUGAAGCAAUUCAACAUUACUCAUCAAGAGCCUGAAAAAAAGUUCAUACCUUUUGAUCAGUAGUUAAUACUUCUGAGAUUAGAUUCCAAGGAGAUAACUUGCUCCAUAAGAUCUAAAUAAGGUUGCUUAAAAAAUCUCAAUUUCAUGAAUUAUGGAAAGGUCAAUAUCCUCCCCAAUAUUUCUGUACAUUUCCAGAGGGCUUGUCUUCUUAUGGUCAGCUCUGGUUCUCCACGCCUUCUGGAUUCAUUUAGCACAGGGAUCAUCUAGAUUCUUAAGCCUGUUGUUGCUGUUCUACACAAUGCUUACCCAGGUUUAACACUCAGAUCUUUUAAAACAAUUUUUUACAAAUGCUACUCCCAUCAGCUGUUUGUGCACGUAGCCGACUGUGGCAAAUACAGGCAAAUAAAGGGGAGGGAGUUUACAACACAGAAAUGCAAACAACUUCAAAUUGAAUUUUGGACAUAUCCUUAAAAGUGUGUUAGUCAAGUCACCCCCAUCACUGGGGGCGUUUCACUAGUAGAUUGUAUUUAUUUCCUGUUCUUUCUUCCCUCCCUAUUCCUUCUAUACUUCUCUGUUGGUGGGAGUAAUCUUGCCCACCCCGCUGACUUCGUGCUUGGCCUCCUGACUUAAUCUGGCCAAUGGAAUAUGUGUGGAAGUAACAGUGUUGCCAGUUCCAGACUGAGGCUUUAGAGGCAUGCCAAGUUUCCACUAGCCACCUUGUAUUCUUGUCAUUUGCAGAAGACCAUGUUCCAGUUUAGCUACUACCUCAAUAAGCUCUGGCUCUGCAUCCCUUAGGGUCUGACUCUCUGCCUCAGCAAUUUACCAAACUAUUUUAUUAAGCAAAGGCAAUUUCAAUAACCCCCCAACUCCCAAUCCAUAACACAAUUAAGAUGACAUACUAUUUUUAUUGCACUUAACUUACAAUAGCAAAACAAUUGGAAAUAAGCCAACUUACAUUUAUAUAAUGCAAUAUUAUUUAGCAAUUAAAAUUACAUUUAUACUUAAAAAACUGAAAAUAGAGUUACCACAUGAUCCAGCAAUCUCACUCUUGGGCAUAUAUCCAAAAAAGAUGAAAACUAAUUCAGAAAGACACAUGCACCCCAAUCAAUGUUCAUAGCAGCACUAUUUACAAUAGCCAAGACAUGGAAGCAACCUAAAUUUCCAUUGAUAGAUGAAUGGAUAAACAAGAUGUGGUGUGUGUGUGUGUGUGUGUGUGUGUGUGUAUACACACACAUAUAUAAUAAUGGACUAGUACUCAGCCAUAAAAAGGAGUGAAAUAUUGCCAUCUGCAGCAGCAUGGAUGGAUUAUCAUACUAAGUGAAGUAAGUCAGAGAAAAACAAAUAUUAUCCAUCACAUAUACGUGCAAUCUAAAAAAAGAAUACAAAUGAACUUAUUUAAAAAACAGAAGCAGACUCACAGAAGACAAACUAAUCGUCACCAAAGGGGAACGGGUAGGGGAAGGAUAAAUUAGGAGUAUGGGAUUAACAGAUACACACUACUAUAUCUAAAAUAGAUAACAAGGACUUACUGUAUAGCACAGGGGACUAUAUUCAAUAUCUUAUAAUAACCUAUAAUGGAAAAUAAUAUAUAUAUACGAAUCACUUUGCUGUAUACCUAAAAGUAACAGCAUUAUAAAUGAACUCUACUUCAGUAAAAAAAAAUUUACAUUAUUGGGAAGGAGAUUAAUUUAAUUUAAUUCAGUACAACCUAAUUAAAUCGUUGCUCUAAGAAGGAUUUAAGGUGGUGGGGCUUAAAGGCUAUGAAAAAAAUACACAAAAAUAAAUAAAUUAGAGGGGGGAAGUUAUAGCUCAGUAGUAGAGUGCAUGCCUAGCAUGCACGAGGUUCUGGGUUCAAUCCCCAGUACCUCCACUAAAUAAAUAAAUAAAUAAAUAAAUAAACCUAAUUACCUCUCCCCUUCAAAAAUAAAUAAAAAUAAAAAAAUAAAUAAAUUAUAAAUAUAUAAAUUAAGUGGACACUCUUGGUUGCCUACCCAAUAGUACUGUCUCCUCCCUUCUUCUGAAAAAGCAGUGUGAAUAAGGCACAUUAAUAAUGUUCAAAAUACCAUUUCUGAACAACUCCAUUAAAGAAUGGGCAGAAGACCUGAACAGACAUUUUCUCAAAUAAGAUAAAUAGAUGGCCAACAGGCACAUGAAAAGAUGCUCAACACUGCUAAUUAUCAGAUAAAUGCAAAUCAAAACCACAAUGAGAUAUCACCUCACACAUGUCAGAAUGGCUGUCAUCAAAAAGACCACAAAUAACAAAUGUUGGCAAGGAUGUAGCAAAAAGAGAAUCCUAGAACACUACUGGUAAGAAUGUAAAUUGGUGCAGCCACUAUGGAAAACAGUACCGAAGUUCCUUAAAAAAAUGAAAAUAGAACUAGCAUAUAACCCAGCAAUUCCACUCCUAGGUGUGUAUCUGAAGAAAACAAAAAAGAUGCACCCCAUUAUUCAUAGCAGCAUAAUCUACAAUAGCCAAGACAUGGAAGCAACCUAAGUGUCCAUCAACAGAUCAAUAGAUAUAGGAGAUGUGUGUGUGUGUGUAUGUGUGUGUGUGUGUGUAGGUACCUAUAUACACACACACACACACAUACACAUAAAUGUAUGUAAUAAAACAAACAGACUUACAAAUACAGAGAACAAGCUAGUGAUUAACAGUGGGCAGGGGAAAGAGAGAAGUAAACAGGGGUAUGAGAUUAAGAGAUACAAAUUAUUUUAUAUAAAAUAAAUAAUCAACACAGAGAAAUAUAGCCAUUGUUUUGUGACAACUUUAAAUGGAGUUUAAUCUAUAAAGGUAUUGUAUCAUUAUGCUGUACACCUGAAACUAAUGUAAUAUUGUAAAUUGUCUAUACUUCAAUUAAACAAAUACCAACUCUGUUCACUUGUGGGCAUAUAUGAGACUUUCCAGAUCUGUUGGGAUUAACUAAAGAAAAUUAUAGUCAUAGGAGGAAAACUUAAAACUGAAUUCUAAAUAUAACUGUUAUUAUAAUCCAAAGGAAAAAAUACAAAAAACAAGUAAAACCUUUGAGAUUGCCAUCAUGGAGACACCCUAAUUCAUAGCACUGUGGCAGAUUUUCAGAUCUCACUAUUUGCUUAGAGUACCUCUUUAUUUUUUUUUCCCUUCUACUUAUUUUCCCUAUUCUCCCUGCCCCACCCCACCCCCCAUCCAUUUUUCCCCCCUUUUCUGCUGUGCUCAGUGUCCUGGAAGGCUGAUCCCUAGAUACUGCAUACCCAGGCCCCUUCCUGGUUGGCCAAAGACUUGGAAAGUAUAAAAGUGGAAGAUUGGGGACAAGAAAGCCUGUGAGUUACUAUGUGGAUGAAACGUCUUGGAAUGGCGGAAAUAUCUGUGUUUCCUAUGAAUGCCCACCAGAGGGCACCCAUUCUAGAAGAGGCUUUCAAAAAAAAUAAAUGGACAUAAUAAUCCAACCUGUGGAUGCCAGUCAACUACUUUCCCCAGCUCCCUGGUACCCCAGCUCAACGGAGUCAUGAGAAAGGUGGCCAUGAUGGCAGGGAUGGAGUUGGUGCAUGAGCUCUACGAUACAGACUUUUGCUCAUCAAAGCUAAUCUGGUCAGUGGCGGAUGUCCAACAGCAGAGACCAACAGAGUCCCUGAUAUGCUAUUAUUCCAUAGGGAGACUAGACACUUCUUGGUGAUAGGUUGAUUGUGCUGCAAAUCAGUUAACUGUACUGCUCAGUAACAAACUGUUGGGAGAAAUGCUGGCAUUUCUCAGCAAAUGGCAUUGAUAGCUUUGAGGACGUUUGCAAAGCUGCUUAGAGGUAGGGGGCAGAUUUACUUCUUUACAGGGUAAUAAACUUAGUAUCACCCUCCAAUCCUGGAGACAUUUCAGUGUGAUAAAACACGUCUCCCCCUGGAUUGGAAGGCAGAUUGUUUCCUGACCAGUAUAAUAAUGUAGGGGAAGGGGGCUGGAAGGGAUAAAUUGGGAACUUGAGAUUUGCAUAUACUAAUAUAUAUAUAAAAUAGAUAAACAACAAGAUUAUACUGUACAGCACAGGGAACAAUAUUCAAUAUCUUGUAACUUAUGGUGAAAAAGAAUAUGAAAACGAAUAUAUGUAUGUUCAUGUAUGACUGAAGCAUUAUACUGUACACCAGAAAUUGAUACAACAUUGUAAACUGACUAUACUUCAAUAAAAAUAUAUAUAUACAAAAAAAAGGUAUUGUCUCUCUCCAGAGGGCAGGUUUUCUAGCAUUCCUCUUUUAAGAUUGCGGGUUUCCUAAGCUUAGCAUUCUUCAUCUGCUUCAGAUCUACUGUGUAUGGCAUUCACCUGCAUCACCCCCAUGGUACUUAGAGGACAAGGAGAACGAAUACAAACAUUAAGUUCAUGCUGCCUGCUAUGCUGUGAAUAAUAAGCUGUCUAAAUCCGUUUGGGCUUGUUGUCUCCUUACCUGUUGUAUCUAUGGAAGUGUGGGGAUGCUGUCUUAUGGGUUUGUGGUGUAUGCCUCAUAUCAACAGCUAAAAUGUGUACUGUUUCUCCCACUGUUAGAGUACAUGAUUCUGGGAACUAAGAGGUAGGAGUGGUUCUUGUCACUUUUACACAUAACUCAUUUCAUAUUCAUGUGGAUUUGGAGUACUUGGUUCCCAAGGGAGGAUUAGUUCCACUAAAGAACCCAGUCAAUUUUCCAUUACAUUGGAACAUGUAGUGAGACUGUCCCUGGACAUUUGGGGCUCUUCUCACUGAACCAACAGGCAGAGAAGGGGCUACCACACCAGUCUGAGUGGUUGACUCCAAUUUCCAAGGGGGAAAUUGGGUUGAUGUUAUACAAGAGGGACAAGGAAGACUUUAUUUGCAACCCAAGGGAUUCACUGGGGCACCUCAUUGUAUUCCCAUGUACAAUAAUGAAGGUCAAAGGAAAAUGUCAUCCCUUCAAUAAAGAUAGUUUUUCAUUUCAAAAUUAA